GCGGAGGAGCGGCGGAACCAGAACAUCGGCUACAAGUUGGGCCACCGGCGAGCGCUCUUCGAGAAGCGCAAGCGGCUCAGCGACUACGCGCUCAUCUUCGGCAUGUUCGGCAUCGUGGUGAUGGUCACCGAGACCGAGCUCUCCUGGGGGGUCUACACCAAGGAAUCGUCGUAUUCGUUCGCCCUGAAAUGCCUUAUCAGCCUGUCGACGCUCAUCCUGCUGGGGCUCAUUGUCAUGUACCACGCCAGGGAGAUCCAGCUGUUCAUGGUUGACAACGGCGCCGACGACUGGCGCAUCGCCAUGACCUCGGAGCGUGUCUUCUUCAUUGCGCUGGAGCUGCUGGUGUGCGCCAUCCACCCCAUCCCCGGGCAGUACCUGUUCACCUGGACGGCCCGGCUGGCCUUCACCUAUGCGGCCUCGGUGGCCCACGCCGAUGUGGACAUCAUCCUGUCCAUCCCCAUGUUCCUGCGGCUCUACCUGAUCGGCCGCGUGAUGCUGCUGCACAGCAAGCUCUUCACUGACGCCUCGUCGCGCAGCAUCGGCGCGCUCAACAAGAUCAACUUCAACACGCGCUUCGUCAUGAAGACCCUCAUGACCAUCUGCCCUGGCACGGUGCUGCUGGUCUUCAGCAUCUCCUCCUGGAUCAUCGCCGCCUGGACCGUGCGUGUCUGCGAGAGGGACAAACUGUACCACGACAAGCAGGAGGUGACCAGCAACUUCCUGGGGGCCAUGUGGCUGAUCUCCAUCACCUUCCUGUCCAUUGGCUACGGGGACAUGGUGCCACACACCUACUGCGGCAAGGGCGUGUGUCUGCUCACCGGCAUCAUGGGCGCCGGCUGCACCGCGCUGGUGGUGGCCGUGGUGGCCCGGAAGCUGGAGCUGACCAAAGCUGAGAAACACGUCCACAACUUCAUGAUGGACACGCAGCUCACCAAGCGGGUGAAGAACGCCGCUGCCAACGUGCUCAGGGAAACAUGGCUCAUCUACAAGCACACCAAGCUGGUGAAGAAGAUUGACCACGCCAAAGUUCGGACCCACCAGCGUAAGUUCCUUCAAGCCAUCCAUCAGUAAGUGCCACCGCUUUUCCUGCUUCCUUGUCACCCUCCCUGGCCACAGCCCUGUCUCCAAAGGGGGUGUUUCCCCUCUGGGUGGGUGACAGAUGGUCAGCAUUGGGGUGGCCUGGGUUUGUCACCCUGGCGGGUGUCUCUGCUGGGUUCGUCACCUGGUUUUGGUCUCUGUCCUGUCCUUGUCCCCAUCCCCUGUCCUUGUCCUCCAUCCGCUGUCCCCAUCCCCUGUUCCAUCCCUCUCCCCUUGUGCCAUUCCGUGUCCCCCACCUCUGCUGUCCCCUGUCCCUGUCCCCAUCGCUGUCCCCCUCCUGUCCCUGUGCCUCACCCCCCACUGGUCACCUUUGAGGUGACCCCCAGGCACCUCCAUCUCCCAGGUGGGGUCUGCGGGUGGCCUGGCUGGGACAGGGGGGUCCCUUUGGGUCCCUUUUUGGGGUCUCUUUGGGGUGGUGGUGGUGUCGCUGCCAUGCUGUCCCCUCGCCUUUAACCCUUUGUUUUCCCUCUGCUGCACUGCCCCCGCAGAGCUCAGAAGUAAGUGCCCCCCUCCCCUGCCCCACCAGCUUUGCACGGGCUCUGCCUUCACAUUUGGGGUGGGGGAGACACGCCAAAAACCCGGGGGGGCUGAUUUGGGGGGGAGGGGCUGCGCUUGAUGGG